AUGGUAUCAAUUAUAUUUCCAAUUCUCUUUGUAAUCAUCAUUCUUCUGAUUUAUAUCUAUUUGAAACGAGGUUACUCUCCAUUACCAGAUGAUCUACCAGGAGUGAAACCACAAAUUUUUUUUGGUAAUCUAAUUAAUUCAGGUAUAUUGACUGGAAAAACAACAUUUACUCAAGUCAUACUCGAUUAUCAACGCCGUUUUGGUGACAAGUUUCAAUUUUGGUUCGGUUCAUAUCGAUGUUUAGUUUUCUGUCAAAUGGAACAUGCUCAAACGAUAUUUGCCGAUCGUCAUACUUUCGAACAAUCGCCAUUAUUUCUUCCAAACUUCGAUCUUCUUUGUCCAAAUGGCAUUGCAAUGUUGACUGGCGCUAAAUGGAAACGACAUAUACGAGUUCUGUUACCCAUGUUGAAACGAGCAAAGAUUGUCGGUCAUUUAGAGAGAAUUGUUGAAUGUGCUGAUCGUUUUAUUGAUCAAAAUCUUCAUUCUGGUCAAGUUCAUCGAGAUUUGAUUCCAUGCUGUCAAUCAUUUACAAUGAAUGUGAUUGGAUUCAUUGGAUUCGACUAUGAUUUCGAUAUCCACGUUAAUUCACCAAUAAAAAAAGCUUUUCAAGAUUUUAUCUUCCAUGCCGUAUGGCUUAUGAUAACACCCUGGAUUCCUCGAUGGCUAGGGAAAAUCUAUUUGAUAUGUAAUUGGAAAUAUCAAAGAGCCUAUCGAUUGAUCCACGAAUUGGCAGAAAAACUCGCUGAAGAAGAACAAAACAAAAAAAAUGAAAAUGAACGACCAAAGAAUCUGAUUGCUUCAUUGGUCUCAUCAUUGAAUGAACAAGCCAACGACGAACAAACUUCAUCGGGUCUCACGCUCGCGGAGAUAUUCGACGAAGUUUUAAUGAUGAUUCUAGCUGGUUAUGAAACGACAUCAACCGCUCUAUCGUGGUUUAUAUUCUUCGUAAGUAAAAAUUCUCGAGUGCAACAACAGAUGAAAGACGAAUUACGUAAGCAUCAUCUUCUGGUGACUGAUGAUCUCACAAGUGCACCACCGCUAACCCCAGACAAUUUAGCUUCACUAACCUAUUGUGAAUGUGUAACAAAAGAGGUCUUACGUUUAGCUCCUGUUGCUGCAUUCACAACCCGUAUAGCUACUCGUGACACGAUAGUUGACGAUGUGACGGUUCAUCGAGAUCAAACUGUUUUUAUUCCUCUACAUAACAUCAAUACUGAUGCUCGCUAUUGGCAUCAUGCUGACCCUCGACAAUUUAUACCAGAAAGAUUUUUAGCUGAAGAUCAAAAUCACCAUCCAUUGGCGAUGAUUCCUUUUGGUGGCGGACAUCGAGCAUGUAUUGGACAAGAAUUAGCUUGGUUAGAGUUGAAAACGAUCAUUGUCCGAAUGAUGCAACGUGGUAUCACAUUCGAAGAUACGCCAGAAAAUACUGGCGGCUAUGACGAACGGAUCACCUGUUUUCCAAAAAAUGUGGCUGUGCGUGUACGCUUCGAUAGGUUUUAA